UGGAAACACAGCACGACGGCGCAAGCAGCGCGACACCAGCUUCAGCGCGAUGGAGACGAGCGACGUUUGACGCGAGCCAGAGAAGAAGCAAAAUACCGAAAAUACUCUAACGGCAAUGGCGGACGAAGAGCUACCAUCGGGCUGGGAGAAACGCCUCAGCAGAUCGACAGGUCAACACUAUUAUUUAAAUAUUCAUACCAAGGAAAGCCAAUGGGAUAGGCCUGACAAGCCAGCCGAUCCAUCUGGCAAUGGCAUGGUUGAUGGUCCGGAGGAAGUGCAAUGCUCUCAUCUUCUUGUAAAGCAUUCAGGCUCACGACGACCUUCCUCCUGGCGAGAGGACGCCAUCACUAGAUCAAAGGAAGAAGCUCUUGAACUGGUCAAAUCUUUUAGAGAACAAAUUGCAUCUGGCAAGGCGACAUUUGCAGAACUCGCUUCCAAAUACAGUGACUGCAGCUCGGCGAGGCGCGGCGGUGACCUCGGACUCUUCAGCCGGGGCGCAAUGCAGAAGCCCUUCGAGCAGGCUGCGUUCGCGCUGAAGGUCGGCGAGCUAUCUUCGCCCGUGCAUACAGAUAGCGGAAUUCACAUUAUCCAGCGAACUGCAUAAGUCGGUUCAGCCUGAGAAGAGCCUGAAUCGCCGCGAAAUAUGCUGGAAAUAUCUCUCUCAGUCUCACCUCUCUCUUGUAGGGCGAUAUUCACAGUUAGAUAUUGUAUUUAAUGUCGUUUUGAUUUCUUAUCUUGAGAUGCAGCUAAUGCAUGUGUGAAGCAGCCUUUGUAGUACCUUAAGGCUCUUGCUCCUUUGCCGCGGAACUCUCGAUUGGUGACGUCAGAGGUGAAAAGAUGCGCAAUAAAAAUUCUUGUGAAAUAAAAAUAUAAUAAUUGAAAUAUAAUAAAUUAAUAUAAUAAUUGAAGUAAAAAGAUAUGCUCACAGGAUGACACUCGCAAUCGAUCGGGCACAUUUGCAAAAUGGUCCGAACGCUUUUCGUUUGCUCUAAGAAUUAAUAAAUUAUUGUAAAAUUAGGAUAACUCGCAACCUAUCUCUUUAAUCCACUUUCCCUUAUGAUUUUGUCAUCUUAAUUUUACGGUUACUUGUUAGAACUUGUUAUGGUUAAUUGUUAGAACAAAGAAAGUGUUAAGGCAACCUUUGCACAUAUCCUCGAUGAAUUGGAAGUAUUAUUUUAUGGACGCAUCUUUUGAUUUCUACGUAUUUCGUAAGAAUUUUUAGCAUAUAUUUUCUCGUUCUUCUGACGUUAUAAAUCAGGGUGACCGCGGCGAGGACACAGGAGCCUUAAGAUGAACUUGAGACGAUCUUAUAAUAUAAGAUCAGGCUGUGAAUACCGCACAUAAUCUUAUCGAAUCGUCGCAGUAAAUAAAUAAAUAAAUAAUAAAUUGUAAAUUUUUAUGGCCAAUAUGGGUGUUCUCCCAUCUGCACUGAUUAUUUUGUUACACUUCCAGAAUAUGAACUUAAUAUUUUAGUCAGAACACUGUAUGAUUUAUUAGUAGUUUGGUGCUUUUAAUGAUAAGAUAAUACGUUAACGACACAGUCGCAAAAACUAUGAAAAAUAUAUUUCCCAAAAACGCUAUGUUGCGAUAUAAAAAAUACAUAGAAAUAUCAAUAUAUCAUAACAUCGUUUGUGUAGGAAGAAUGAUGUCGUGUGUUGCUCAGUGUCAGAUGUCGGUUUAUCACUAAUAAUGUAAGAGCAUAAUACCUACUGAGUUAUUUAUUCCUUGGAAAAUUUAUCUGCUAUUAUAUCUAAGUAUAUAAUAUAUAUUAUAAAUAUAAUAUUAUUUGUGCGUAGGAAUAACGAUAUGUUGCACAUCACAGUGGUCUCAAUAAAGGAACGAAACAACUGUUAAGUUAUUCGCUCCUUGGCAAGUUUAUUUGCUAUUAUUUUAAUGUAUUAUAUAUGUAUAGAUAUCUAUACAUACAUACAAACGUAUGUAUAUAUACAUAUGUAUGCAUAUAUAUAUAUAUAUAUAUAUAUAUAUAAUUCUCAUCUUAUAUAUUUAUUAUAUUAAAAUAACACCUAUAUAAAUGGAUGAUACUGAGAAGCACGUCGAUAUUAUAUUAAUAUAAACUAUACAUAUAGAUAUUAAUUAUAAAGGAGCAAGAUAUCUGUUGAGUUAUUCGCUCCUUGUGAAAUUUAAUCUUUUGCUAUUAGUGUAUGAUAUAUAUUAUAACAUCGUCUGUAUAAAAAGAAUAUUAUGCUGGAGCACCACUUGUCAUUAAUUGACGAGCAAUAUGACUAUCAAAUUAUUUGUUUUAUUACAAAUUUAUUUACUAUUAUCUUUUUAGUGUAUAUAUCAUUCUAUAGAUAUAUUGUAGAUAUAUUGUAAUAUCGUCUGUAUAUGGAGUGAUAUUACGCUAUCUACGAUAUGUAAUUAUUACUAUAAUGAAGAGGAACAACUAUUAAGUUAUUUGUUCUUUGCAUAUUUGAUGUUAUCUUCGUGUAUGAUAUAUUUGCACUCACUAUAUAUAUAUAUAUUUUUUUUUUCUUUUUUUUUUUAUUAUAUUAUAUCGUCUGUAUAAAAGAAAUGACGAUAUUGUUUUGCAGCUUUAUCUCUAUUAAUAUUAAUCACAAAGGAGUGGAACGACUAUUGAGUUUUUCAUUAGCAUAAUUCACUUAUUGUAAUUUUAGUAUAGAUAGCAUCAUUGUGUAACGUUAAAUAUGUCUUACGGCUCAAUAGACGUCAAACAUCUGUUUUACAAUAUUACUGUCCAAUAUCUUCGUAUCAUUAUUACUUAAAUAAUAAUUGAAAUAUUAAAGUAUCCUUAGUGAUAAAAUUAUUAUAUAGCAAUAUUAAUCGGUUUGGGGACUAGUUCAACAUUUAUUAAAUUUGACUCUUUUAUUGUAUCUCUUGCAAAUUUCUAUGUGUCGUAGACACAUGGAAUUGAUUUUUCUUUCUAAAUAAAUUCUAUAUAAUAUAUAGAAUAUAUUCUAUAUAAAGAAACUGAAAAAAAUAUCUUGUUUAGUAUGGAUUUUAUAACAAUUUGUCUUGUGUCAUAGUAGAUAAAAUGUCAGUUUUGAGACUUUAGCCUCAAGUGUUGAGUGUUGAGCAUUUCUAUAAGCUUUUUUGCUGUUAACUCGCACUUUGAGAGAAGCAAAUGUAUGUAAUCUCGAUAUAUAGUGUUGAAAAACGAAAGUAAUUAAUAUUGAUUGAAGUACUGCUGUAGGACAGUAUUAUUAAUAGUUACAUUAGUUUGUAAUGUUCCAGCAUAAUAUUAUAGACGACGAAAUAUUUCGGAUGACUGAGAGAAUAUGCAAAUCGCAUAUUUUCGAAAUACGCCAUUUCCAAUUACAAUUAAGAGUCGCGAACUGUAGCUAUAAAAUUAUCGAAACUCGUUCGUUAAUGAAUAUGUUGCGGAUAAAAGAAUAUUAAAUUAGACAUACACGAAGUGUUUCAUACGUAUAUUUCAAGAGCUUGAGGGAAUGUCUGUUGGAAAUGGUUGGUUUCGGAAAUAGAUAAUUUGUAACGCACGAAGGAACGUCUAUAUAUAUGUGUGUGAAUAGUGUGCGAAUAUGUUGGAUUAGUACAAGAUACUUGCGAUUUUAAAGAAUAAUUGUGUUAUUUAUAAAUUUAUCAUAAUAAUCGAUAAGAUUCGUGCUCUUUUUAUGUUUUUUUUAUGUUUAAGUAAACGUUAAAUGAAUGUAACAAAGGAAUUACAUGUAUCUUACUUCAACAAGACUUUGGAUAGCGUCCGCGAAAAUUGCUCGUAAUUCUACGAGCACGAACUCGAUAGUUAGAUAUAUUUAUAUAAUCUGUUUAGUUUCUCACAUCGUCUCGUAUAAUUAUAAUAUAUAUAUACAUAUAUAUGUGUGUGUGUGUUGGUGUGCGUGUGUGUGUGUGUAAUAUAUAUAUAUAUAUAUAUAUAUAUAUAUAUAUAUAUAUAUAUAUAUAUAUAUAUAUUAUAUUAUUGCAUAAUAUAUAUUAUAUAAUUAUAUAAUACUUCAGAGAAGCUGCUCUAAAGCUGUUUAGUUGAAAGUUGUAUAUAAAAUAUAAAUUAUACGGGACAAAAUAUUCACGUCUUGCUUUUAGAAUAUAUUUAGAUACGACGUGAGAUUUUCGCAUAAUUCCAACAUCUUGAAUAUUUCCAGGUAGACCUGGUCACGGAAUGUUAAUCUAGGAAGGGCCGACGAAUUUGUAUGGUGUAGUAUCGCAGCGGCCCGUCUAGAUAAGAGUACAUGAUAGAGGUGAUAUAAUAAGUGUAGAAUAAAUUACUGCCAGUCUUUUUUAAUUAUUUCACUUUGUACACAGAAAAUCGGGAAAGGAGUAUGAAAUUCUAUACGGUAACGAAAUGCCCGGAGAUACUCGAUUGUGUGAUUGCGGAUUAUGGUUGUUCAGAAAAAAGUGCAGCCAACGAGAUUGCACAGUUGUUCCUUUAGCGUUAACAUGUAGCGUCCAGUUGGAAGAUAUGAAUGGAUGGAACGCGAUAAAGAUUGAAGGUUUGUAACCACUCGCGCGAUAUUAGCGCUGAUCGGCGAAUGUGCGCAGCUACUGUCGUGAGUCACGAUCAAUUACGUUCUGAACGAUUAUGUCGUUUGCAUUUACUCGUAGGAAAUAAAUAUAAUGUUAAUCGUUGCUCUAUUAACUAGGCUAUUUAUCGAUCGAAGCGCCGUACGAUGUUCGAAGACUUUAGUGGGGACUUUUGGAAUUUCAACCUGUGUGUAAUCGCACGUUACUCUCUGUCACCUUGUGAUAUCGUUCUACAUGGAUUGCGACCUAUGUCUUUGUUUUUCGCAACAAAAGAGUAGGCGAUCCCCAAAUAGAAUAAUGUUAUUUAAAGACCGUCUGUUGUAUCGAUCCGCCAUGUACUCGUCAGUUUGCUUCCACCGAUAUAUAUGAACGAAAUACAUUAUUAAAUAACACCAAA